AUGUUAAGAACAUUUCUAGUAUCAUCUUUGAUGUUUUGGAUUGGGUUGAAAGCCCAAGAUUCAACAAACGAUGUGGUUUCAAUUAAAUGCGGAGAGGUAUGUUCUGGUUUUUGUCGCAAUUUUCCCAAUUUUAUGAUGCAUUACAACGCCAUAACCUUUUUGAAAGAAGUUUCCAAUGAUUCCAGAACAAAAUGUCCCCAAAACAAUCGCUAAUCCAGUUUUACUCAUUCAACUCGGAAAUCUCAACCGGCGAGAUAAUGUUCACUGGAAAUCUAACAGAAAAAGAUCUUACCAUCAUCAAUAUAAACCGAGGAAUCGGAUCUCCGUCAAGUCUUAACAAGAAUGUAUCUCUUCAAUUGGCCUUUACCACUGGUAUUAAAACCAAUUUAUACGAAUACAAGAAUGACGUGAGUUUCAAGUUUAGUCUCUAAAAAAAAAUAUUUUGGUGUUCCAGGGAGAAUUGAGUUUUUUACGUGAUACAAUCCAAUCGUGCCCCCUUCUCCUAAAUAAAAUCAACACGGUGAAAAUCAAGUGAGCCUGUCGAAAUUUUGAAAACUUCGAGUAAAAUAGGACUUCAGAAUGUUCCCGGAUCACUUCGAAAUUAUAGUCAACGGUAAAUUAUUUGCUGAUGUCAAGAGAUUGAGCCAAAUCGGCGAAAAGUUCAAAGCCGCUACAGUUAAAUACGGAUUCGCACCAACAUUAAUUUAUCUGUGAGCUCCAGGAGACAUUUUAGGUUUGGAAAAUAUUCCGAAAAUUUUCAGAAACUGCACACAUGUCAGCACAUAUGGCGAGAACAAUUGA